UGUUUGAUGCUGCGAAAAUGGCCCUUAACUUUGACUGUUUGUCAAACCUUAUGUGCGAGGAAGAUGCAGAUUGGGAUGAUGAGGUCACGAGUUCGAGUUUUCCCGAGGACAAGGUCGAGAAUUUAAAGAGGCAUUCAGCUCACUACACUACCAGACUUUCCUGUUGAAGACGACGAAAUGAUAUCUUUGUUAGUGCAGAAGGAGAAAGAGCAUCUUCCCCGUGAAGACUACGUUGAGCGUUAUCUAAACCUCGAUUUAGAUCUCGCGGCUCGUCAAGAAGCAAUCAGCUGGAUGAACAAGGUUCAAGCGCAUAAUAAUCUGAGACCUCUUACAGCAUACUUAUCAGUAAAUUAUCUGGAUCGCUUUCUGUCAAGCUAUCAAUCGCAGCAAGGGAUAGGCUGUCCGUUACAGUUAUUAUUGGUUGCGUGCCUGUCACUCGCUACGAAAAUGGAGGAUAAGGUUCCGCCACUUACUGAUUUACAGGUAAAAUAGAGUCUCAGCUCUAUUACAAGCUUCAACAAUUUCCGAUAUGGUAAAAGCGGAGCAGUUAUGGUAAAAAGUCAGAGACUUUCUAUUUUCGAUUUCUUUACGUGGUUCAACAAUUUUCGAUCUGGUAAAAACUGAACAGUUAGGGUAAAAAGUCAAGGCUUUCUAUUUUCAACUAAUGUGCAGAUCGGAGGUGCAAAAUUUGAUUUCGAAGCUCAAACAAUAUAAGAAAUGGAAGUCAAAAUCCUGACAACAUUAAAAUGGAGAUUAUGCUCCAUUACACCUUUUAACUUCAUUCAUUACCUCCUGUUCAGACUCAAAGGCACCAAUGCAGUGCCUCAAGAUUUGAUAUCUCAAACAAUCGCCUUCAUUAUGAAUACUACUAGAGUGAUUGAUUUCUCGGAUCAUCGGCCAUCAUCGAUUGCUGCGGCAGCCAUUAUGUGUGCUUGUAAGGAGGUUUUACAGACAGAAUCAGCAGAUUGCAAAGAAGCCAUACUAUCUUCCAAACAAUUCAACAAAGAGAAAAUCAUAAGCUGUUACAAUUUAAUGCAGCAGCUUGUGAUGGACAAUUUCUCUACUACAAAUAAGAUUUCAAGUGGCACCUCUCACACUCAAAACACUGUACAUGGCAGUGGACCAACGGUGGUAAAAAAUGAAAUCCCCCAGAUAAAUUUUGCUAAGAUUUUAGUAUUUAUUAUGAUUUUUCCAAACGAUUUGUAAUCCGAAUUGGUAUAGCUCACGAGUAAGUGAAUGGAUUGAUUUGAGUCAAUCAGUCGGUCACGAGACUAUUUCGGCCUUUUUUGAGAAAUUAAAUAUUUUGGA